AUAAAACGGGGAUGUGUGUGUGUGUGUGUGUGUGUGUCUCUGUGUGUGUGUGUGUGUGUGUGUGUGUGUGUGUGUGUGUGUGUGUGUAGGAUACGAGCUGGAUUAAAACGUUCCCUGCACUGCACGAUAAAGCGGAGUUUGUAAACAGGUGAACACGACGAUCACUGUGAUCUCAACAAUCCCAACACAACAGAUAAAAGGAGACUGGGAAGCUCUUACUGAGAGUUGAGAGGCCUUGUUGGUAGGAUACGCCAUCCAAAGAACCAAAUCAACAAAUAGGCAGUGUCUGCCUCAUGAUCAAAGGAGCAGAAGAGAAUGAGAUCAUCUGUCAGUAUGCAAAUGAGCACAUGGACUCCACCGGUCAGACAGAACAGUCUGCCUAGUCCACACCAGACUCUCUCUAGCAUGCAGUUUGGCCCAACUCCACAGAUGGGAUAUCACGGUCUACAGCAAAAAAGCUAUGAUCAACAAUCUGUCAGAUUAAGCAAUCCCCAUACUUUCUCCCAGCCUAUAUUGAGUUCAGCUAAUUUGCAGUCAAGCCAGACUCCACAGAUGUGGAGCAGCGGAUCCCAGAGUCAGUUGCCUUACAUAUCUCCAGCUUCUGGCAGACAUCUUCCACAAAAUAUUGUACACCAUGCAUCUUUGCAAGCUGGACAAGUAGGAACCCUUUAUGUAAACCUCAACCAUGAUCCACAGGUCUUAAAUACCACUAUUCAGAGGAAUUAUAAGGAUCUACACUCCAUGCAAAAUUACAAUUGUACUGUUUCUAGCAAUGCAAAUGGUGUAUUUGAAAAUAGUUAUUGUAUGUAUGGUUCAAUUCCACCUUGGCAACACCCUUCAAACAGACAACACCAUGGAGUACAGACUACACACCAACCUGCAGCUCAGUCACAGCAGGCAGAUUUAACUGCUCAGAUUAGUCAUGCAGCACAGAAAAUUAACAUGAAUCAAGGACAACUGAGUGUAGCAGGACAAGACAAUGAGACACCUAGCUUUGUUCCACACUUUCCUGCUGCACCUCAUAUACCAGUGUAUUCAUUGCUGCCUUCACAGUUUAGAACUUCCAGCAGUCAGAUGAGUCAAGGCCAAGUUCAAAAUGCAUCACACCAACCUUUGCCAUGCAGAAAAUAUGUUGGUUACAUCGAGUUAAAACAUAGUUCAAGCAAAUCUCCACCCUUGCCAUACAGAGACAGGUUGAAUUCUGCCAUUCAAAACCAGUCUAACCGAAGGCUAAACCAAGUCUCACCCAUCUUAACUCAAGACAAAAUCCAUUCCCAGACCACAGCUAUUUCUGGCCAUCACAGCAAGACAAACUCUGCAACAUUUUCUGCUAUUCAAAGCAGUACACAGCUACAAGCCCUACAAUCAAACAACACAAUGAGUGGUCUGACUACGAACUCCCAGGACAUAACCUCUUUUCGCACUUCCACCAGUCAAACAUCAUCUCCCACUUCAGGCUCAGGAUCUACUACCUACUCUCAUAGCCUUCUAUUACGACUAUUAUUACAAGAGGACAACAGCCAGUUAACUGGUCUGACUUCCUCCAGUAACAGUUUUGGGUCCCAGUUUGCUAAGAGCAAAAGUGGAUCCCAGCAAUCUACACAUGAAAAUACAGCUGGUUGCAUUACCACUGGGGAAAAUGACACUCAAGUCAAGGCAAGGCAAAGCAAGGCAUACCAGGAACCUGCUAAAGGUACAGGUAUUUCAAGGGGGAAUGAAAUUGGAACUGGUAGUCAUCUGGCAGAACCACAAAAGUCAAGUCAGAAUGAGACGACUAAUUGGAAAAAGAGAAAUGAAGAGGUGCAGUUCUGCAGAGACCCAACUGAUUCCCUAAAGUUGGUAAUAUCACAGCUCAGAAUGGUUCAACAAGUCAACAAGGCAAUAGCUGUGGUUCCACCCAUUUCUCAGCAUGUCUCCAGUCAUGGACAGCAGAAUGAUGUGACCACAAGCACUCAUGACAGCCUCCCCUUGAAAACCAAUACUGUCAAGAAUCUUUUUGAGGAGUAUGAGAACAUUGAGAAGGAGACAAAUGUACCAAAUGUGACCUUUAAGCUCAUUGAGGAUCUGCCUCAUGUACCUUCUUCACCAAGUUCUUCACCAAGACUGGAAUCAGCAACUGACACCUCAGCGGACAUCUCUGGAAUGCCUAUGUCUGAAAAUGAUCCAACAUCUGGCUUUCAAAGCUGUAAUAUUUCUCAGUAUGAAAAUGGCCCAGUAUCUACAACCCAAAUCUCUAACAAAUGUCAAGAUGCUGUCCACAUUACUGAGUCGACAUCAGAAAGUUCAAUAGAACAAAAUGAUGACCAGGAAGUUGAAUCAUCUUCAGAAGACACUACAUUUGAUUUGUCCACAGUUCCUGUGGUUGAUUAUAGUUUGAAGGACCUGAAGGAUUUGGUGAAAUCUUUAGAGGUCAAACCAGCAGAGAGAGACAACUCGACAAUAACAGAUGUUGUGAAGUGCAUUGUAGAUCUAUAUUAUGAUGGGGACAAGCAAAACUUGGUCAAACUGGUAGCAUUAAAAGAGGUUUUCAAAACUUCAUCUGAAUUUUGCAUAAAAGAAAUGCAUGCUGUGGUUCUUCAGCACCUCGGACCUAACCAGUUAAUCCUGGAAAAUUCUUCCCAAAUCCUGAUAAAUGAAACCACCUUACCAUCUGAGGACUUUAGAUCCUCCUGGUUGAAUGUGGAUGGACAACCAGCUGAUGUGGAAAAUAUUCUUGCAGAACCCAUUUCAGACUAUAACCUCACAUCUUGCAAGAAGGUUUCACAGUCAGUAUCUGAAAGUGUUGUGAAUGUUGUAGAUAGUCUAGCCCAGAUUGGUACAGAUCAUGCUGAAGAUCUGGGUGUGCAUGCUCGUAAAGACAUAAUUCCUGAAGACAUCUGUAACUCAGAUCCUGACCAUUCUGCGGCAAUAUUUGCAACAACUGAUUGCAAGACAGACAUGAUGAUCCUUGAGAAAGGUUAUGUAAGUAGAACUCCCAGUAAACUCUCUAGUAUGCAAAGAAAAUCAGAGAUGCGAUUCAAUCAGCAACUACAUGAUGAAGUAGAUAUGGGAGCAUUCACUGAGCCAACAAUUACAAGCAGUUCUGAUAAAUGCGUAACAAAUAGUAGUGAUGUAUUUGAGAAGACAGAUACUUCUGAUGAUGCAGAAUCCACCAAGGACUUUGAAAUCAUACUUCUCUCAUCUGAGGAUGCUAGAAAAAUCUUCAGUGAGUUUCCUGAAUGCAACCAGAAGAGACAUCCUCAUCGGAUACGCCAGGAGGAAAGGAAGGAUUUAGUCACAAUUUGUGUCAAAAACCAAUCAGACUCAGUCAAAGUGAAGCCACUCGAUGACUUCAAAUUCACUUGCCCUCAUGUGACUGGCUUAGACUGUGGCAGUGACUUCUUCUGCCCCAGUUGCUGGAAUGAGACACCAUUAUUUGAUAUUGACCAAGAUGAGACUCUGCUCACCCUGAAGGAGGGGGAACUUAAUACGGACUACCAGAGUCAUAGUCCGCAGUCUGGAAAACCAAUCGAAUACCCAAGUGCACCUGUAUGCCUAGAGAGUAGCAGCGUAAUCAAGUCUGUCAUAUCCACCCCAAAAUCUGAUGGAUCUGAUGUAAUGAGAGAUCUUAAUCCAGGUGAUCAGACACAAAUCUCUAGUUCACCAUCUGCUCAAGAACCCCACCAUGGAAUAGCAGGCACCAUGAACAGCAGUAUCACCAAGCUGGUUGCAAAGGAUCUCCAAAAAAUUACAUCUUCAGCUGGGACAAAGACAGAACACCUGAAAGAGGGAGAUGCAAACUCUCCAUCAGGGACCAAAAUAUUAACAGGAAUGGUUUCUCCAUUAAAGAAUUCGUCUUGUAGAAAUGUAAAAUCCCCCAAAACUGAUGCAGGGGACAUCUUAUUAAGCCCUGAUAUUAUAAUUAAACAUACCAGCACUCAUAAACAACAUCCAAGUGACCACAGGUCUAUGUCUAGGGAUGGUGGCCAGUCCAGAGAUGAAAGCAAAGAAAUUGGUAACUUUCCUAUCAAGAAGACAUGUCUUGGUCAGUGUUCCCCCAAAACUAGACUAGGUACUCCUUCCCAAACACCAAAUGUCAGUGGGACACCUAAAUGCAAGAUUGCAGUACCCAAUAAGCAAAAGAGACCAAUCAUCAAGGAAAAAGGACAUGAUGGACAAAGCAAAGAAACAAAGAAAGUGAGAUUAGAAUUGUAUGGGUCCAAUAGUAGCAACUCAAGCUGCCAUGAUGAAGAAAAGUCACCCUCAACUCCUCUUUACCUCACAAUUUCUCCCAGUUCAAAUACUGGAAAGAGCUACACAGAUGAGCCUUCAGCUAGGCAAAAGGUCUACAGCCAGUGGAGUACCACUUUCAUACAUCCAGAAAAGAGCUGCUCUUCAAAUAAUAAAAGCCAGAAGCACAUGGAGGAUCAGUUAAAGUCAAAAAUACAAGCAUUGAAAAUAGCUCUGGAAGACAGAAUCAUGGCUAUCUGAUGGAAGCAAUCAAUUAAAUGGGCCUAAAGCACAAAGAAGCUGAAGAAGAUUAUCAAAAUGAUGAUGCACAAGAGGGCAAAUAGUUUAAGCACACCACUGCUGCUGAUCAUUUGGGUGGAUGGAUAAACUGAAUGUUAAGUGGAAUCAUUGGACCUCAUUUAUCAAUCUUUUAGUAAAGUUGUGUGUAAAUUUUUCUGUAAACUAAACCGAACUAAAAAUUAUCGCUGGAUUUUCUUCAUACUUGCAUGUGUAUGUUGAUGAAUGCCAAUCACCUGUAAAUGAUUGGAAAUUAUUUUGACUCACUACUAUCCUUACAAAACAUUUAAUAAUAUGUAAUAUUCAUAAUAAAAAGCGAGUGAUUGUUGCGAGUGCUUGUUUACGGCUUACGGCUCUGCCUAGAGAGACCGGCCCAUCCUCCGUUUAUAGGCCGCCAUUUCUUUUGCCGUGAUUGAAUGAUUUGUAUUAUUUAUCUUAAUUUAUGGGUUAGUGUUGACUCAUUUUUAUUUUUUUUUUAUAUUCUUUAAUUAAUGCCAAUAACAUGAAACAACUGGUUUUCACUAAAUUUUCUUGAUGGUACUCUUUGUCCCUGAACUAUUGAACUAGCUUGUGGAUGUGUUUUUGACAGAGACUCCAAAGCACUUCUGUAAGUUGCUCUGGAUAAGGGUGUCUGCUAAAUGCUGUAAACGUAAUAUAAAGCAAUUUAAGCUCCACAGUAUAUUCCAGAUAUAUAAAGUGCAGUAAUGCAUGCAAAUUAUAUGAUCUGAAGUUGAUCAAGUCGUGGUUUACAUUAGUUAGUCUUCGUAUGUGUAAAUUUACACACACUCAGGAGCAUGAGUAGGAUACAAAGGUUUUUCCAAAUUUACAGGAUUUUCAUGAAUAUCAUAUUUCUUAUGUAAAUGCUUGUACUGAAGAUUUACAUAUAAAUCUGUUCAUAUCCAGCUUGAUAAAUGAGGCCCAUUGUUUGUAAACCAGAAAAUAAUCUUGUUUCUAAAACUCAAAGCAUUGUGUUGUGAGCUGUAUGGUGUUGAUGGCCUUAAGAAAGUUUUAGACCCUAGUGUUGGAUCAAUUCUAAAUGCCGGCAGUGAGAUGGAUGGAAACUGUUUUGGGACCGUUCUAUGUUUAGAACCUGUUGUAUGAUCAUCAAAAAUACCUAAGCAACAGUUUGUGGUAGCAAAUCGCUGACAGGAAACCACAGCCUUUAAAGCCAAAGAGGUAUUGCAGGAAGUGUGCAAAGCAGGUCUGAAAGUGACAACAAUACACAGCAGAAAUGUGUUAGUAACAUGAUGUAUGAAGUGAUAUAUAAACCAGGAGGGCAGGCAUUUGGUAAUUUGUUAGACUGAGAAUGCAUUGAUGCUGAAGACUAAAUAAAAUAAAAUAUCAAGUAAUGUGAACUUGCUAAAAUGACAGAUUACACAGUAAUAAAAUGUUAAAAGAUUACAGAUUGAGAAACUUAAAAUGAAAUAAACCAUAAAACUUCUAAAAUGAAAGAUUACACAAUGAAAAACAUGUCAAAUAUGAGAUUCCACAAUAAAAAACUGCUAAAAAUGGAAAAUACCACAAUUAAAAACAGAUAAAAUUACACAAUAAAAACUGAUUAAAUAAAAGAUUACACAAUGUGAAAAUGAUUAAUAUAAUUUUUAAAUUGAACAAGCAGCAGCGAGAGAAUUAGUGGGUUAGAGAAAACUUAGUAUUAUUCAAAUAAAUAAAUAAAUCAAGAAGAAAGUGGGUUAUCUAUUUAAAACAUCAUGCUAACAUUAACUAUCUAGCCAAGCCUCACCUCAGGUUUAAAUUUGCAAUUACUCUGCUUCACUAAAAUAUUGAAGCUAUGCAAUUUUAAUCAAAAUCUAGGAUGACAAAAUAAUAAAAGAAAUGAAAAAUAAGAAAUUAGCCAGACGAGGUUCAUUUGUUGCUUCAGGUACAUAUUUUUAGUGCCUAGUUUUACAGUAAAGUUAAUGAUAGUGUAUGCUUACUACAUUAUCACAAUAAACUCAGUAGUUAAGUAGGUAGUCAGUAAGGUAUUUUAAGACAGUAUAAUCUGUUUACUUCUGUAAAUAUUUUCCCAGAAUUCCACAUGAGCUACAGUAUGAAACUGUAAAACAUUUAAGGUAUUAAACUGGUUUCAAGCUAGGGAUUUUACAGAAAUUCUUUACAGUGCAGGAAUGAGACACAAUCCAGUACAGUACUUAGUGAAAGGAUGAAUAUUUUUAUUCAAACUUAACAGUAGACAGCUAGAUUUUAUGUUUUUUACUUUCAAAUACAUUUUUUCACAUGAUUCACGUUACUGCACUUUCUAUUUUGACUUAAAUAAACAUAAUUCACUGUACAUAGUGAGAUC